AUGCCACAGCAACCAUUCGAUGCCAACCAAUGGCUUGAUGACAAUAUUAUCAUUGAUAAUCCGCCAAAUUCAAGUCCUCAUAUUCAGAUCACCUAUCCUCUCCCUUCUUUGGCAUCGAGGCCGGUCUUCACUAGUCUACCUUUCAGAUCAAGACAAAUGACUCCCGUUCAAGAUCUCACAUUACUACUGGCCCCCAUCGGAGGCUUGCGUCAACCUCAUUUCCCUCUUAGUCUACUAGUACCAGUCCCUACUGACGUUGGCAAUGUUCGCCCGACUGAUCAGUUGUACCAAGACACAAUGUUGAAAAUGUGUUCAGACUCUCUUCACCCUCGACGAUGCUACAAUCCUCACAAGUGCAUCCCAUCUGGCAAAAUUCACAAGUGUAUCAAGUGGCCUGAGCAUGGAUGCAACCAACCUUUUCUCCAUUAUCUCUGGGUUCAUGUCCUACCAGGAUGCCCCAACAAAAACCCCAAGGAUGAUCAGAAGGAUUGUGGACACAAACACAUCACCAAGGGAGGGAUACCACAGUAUAGUUGCUUUCAAUUGGUGACUGUUGCCCAUAUCAAGUCAACAUGCAAGAAGAUCCAGUUGACGGGAUUCUGCUGGAAACACGACGGCUUCGAGCCAACCGAGGAAGAAAAAGUCCAGCAGGAAGAAUUGGACGCCGAGAAUGAGAGAAAGGGCAUCAUUGAGCUUCCUGGAUGCAAGUAUGGACAUGACAUGCGUGUGGUUCGUAUGGAAAUCCUGCAAGAGAAGAAUCGACUGUCAGCGGAGAGGUCAGUGGCAUCCGGGAAUGUGAUUAAGGGAGGAUCCAUGAUUCGAGGUAAUGCUGAAGCCAUGUCAGUGGCGAGAUGUAUGUGA